AUGGACUCCUCCAAGCGUAUUUUGGGAGAGACCAAGACACCACGUAAAGAAACAACAUGUACAGAUAUUAAACGUCUUGCCAAAUUCUUUGCAUCUGAUCGUCCACCACGUAAACGUUUACGUACAUUAUUAGAUUAUAUUAAACAUCCACCUGGUACUGAGACGACAUUAAAUACUACGGGCAACAUUGCAGUUGCCAUGCAGUCUUUAUUAUCUGGUACAACUUCCUCUUCUUCUUCUGCUGCUUCUUCUUCUACUUCUACAUCAUCUGCAUUCAAGGAUUUCAAUCAUCUUAAUGGUGGAACUCAUGCUCAAGCUGAACAUGCUGCAACAAUUGUUGAAUUUUGGGCUGAUGAGGCAAAUAGUGCACUUGUCUUUAGUGUCGUGAAUGAUUGUGUCACAGAGUUAGAGACAUUAUAUGCACCUCAUGAAACAGCGUUCCGUAAACAACGUCGAAAACCAUUGGAAGCAGAAGAUUGGAGUGAGAUUUUUGAAGGCUUGGAAGUUCUAUUACGUCAUAAUGUCAUGCGAUUACGUGAUGGAUGGAAUAAUAAAGGAUUGACCAUCCUAUUUGCGAAAUUACUUAAAAAAGAUAACCAUGCAAUGAUUAAGAAGUAUGCAUUUCGAUGUCUUGCAUUAUAUACGGACGCAACACGGAAUUUACAACAAUUAGCAGCCAUGCCAGUUACAAGUACAUCGAGUUUUCAAGUCUCGAGAGCUGGAAUUAUUCGUCUCAUGAGUGAUGAUAUUGAUAUUGGAAUUCAUGAAGAUAUGAUGAAAAAAGAUGAGAUGGGGAAAAGUAAUGCCACGUUACUUCAUGCUAUGCCGGAUCGAAAAACUAUUCAUCUUGAAUUAUUGCGGGAAAGUGUAGACUUUUCACCAUAUGGAGGAGGAAGUAUUAUGCUACCGGACAAGUUUUUGAAUGAAGGUGUUCAUGUGGAAGGAUGGAUGCGACCGAUGCCGACACAAGCAGAGGAACCAGUGGAUAUGCUAAAGUUUUUGAUGGAUUUAAGCUUAGAAAGAGAUGAUUCGUAUGGAAAAAAUGCAACACCUUUAUCGAUGAUGGGCAAAAGUACCGGUGGAAAUAGUGAUCGAUUCAUUUUCUGGGCAGAACUUAUUAUGAAGUUUUAUAUGCCAUUGUUGUACCCAAAGGUUUGUUUGAAGGUGAAGUUAAAAGAAGAAGGGGACACAUUGGGAUUUUUUCAUCAUUGUCCAGGCAGUUUUCAGCGAGUUGUUGCACGAUGGGUUUACAAACUGCGGUCGAGGGAAGAAUACAUGGAAGUCCUUUGGUCACGGCGUGAAUUUUCGGAGGUUGUCAUGGAAACGAUCCGCCAGCGAUUCGCGUAUCGAGAUACAGAGCUAGUGGGGGAUGCCAUAAAGUUCUACUCGGGCAUUUGUACUGGAACACAACAUGUUCCAUCGGGUAUGAAAGUCCAAAUAAACGAGGUCUCGAGGGCCAUGAUCUCCCACGUGUCGCAACUUUUUCAUCCAUCCGUUCAGCUAGAAGAUUCCAAGAUUUUAUUGCAUUGUAUCGAGCUGCUGGAACUCGUUUCCCAGCGGCGACUUGAUGACUACACGUCCACCUACCUGCGCAAAUUCGUGUUAUCUACGGUUGAUAAUUGUAUAAUGCUACGUGAACCAGGCAACCGUCCGGUGCUCACUGCAAUGCUGUCAAUUGUUUUGCAUGUUUGGAUGCACUCAGCAGUAGUCACGAAGACUAUAGGUGCCCAGGUCUGGAUGGAGUUGACCAUAGCUAUUCGGCGGUGGAUUGGAAAUCCUGCGGACCUGAAGGUUGUAGGGGCUGAAAUGAUUAAUUGUUGGAAGCGUGAGCUUAGGUUUGCGAGUUGUUUGCUCAUGUAUGUCAUGGACAAAGGGUACUCGUACCUAAAAGUGACGCCGGAAGGAGCCUUGCUUUUGUCUCAGCAUGAAGCAGGAGGGAAGAGCGAUAAGAUACCAGGAAGCGGAAAAUCGUUACGGGAGCUGAAGCAGGGAUAUCUUCAGUCAUCAGCAAACUUUCUUAUGAUGACAGUAGUUGAUGUAUCCGGCGCAACGUUGCUGCUGGACCGUGUGUUACAUCUUAUUCCGCCUCCAACAGUGUCGGCACUGACGCCCUCGAUGCAUUUGAAUUUAACCGAGGGUAUGCUACAGCUUGUGGAACUUUGGAUCGAAUCAGCUAUAGGAGCACAACGUGCUCAACCUUCGGACCUGCAGCAAAUUAGUCCAUCUACGGUUUUCGCACUAUUCGGCGAGUGGUUCUUGCCUGCGUGCGAACUGGAUGCUGUAGAGUUUCAGAACUCUCGCUGCAUUGCAAUUGUAGCACUGUGCAAGCUUUGCUCAGUGCGCUGCAUCAACAUGCUCACACGCAGUCAUCUUACAGUUGUCGCACGUGUUCUGUUCAAGGGGAUUACAUCUUCGUCUGGAGUGGUUGUAUCUACUGUGCUGCAAAAGUCGUCAGUUUUGUUUUCUAUGAAUCUUGAAGGUCUCAACAUUCUUGUGCCCGCAUAUUUGUACGCGGUUGAUGAAAUUAUAAUUGGCAACAUCUGGAAUCGAGCGACAAAGUCAAAUGUAAAGUCAUCGGAAUGGAACAAUGAGCUUAAUGCGGCGCUUGACGUGGUGUUUGCCAUUAUGGGAUUGCCCAAGAGAUUUCCAAAUCAAGAUUUUGUACGAUGGAAACACAAAAUUCAAGGUGUUUGCAGCGUUGGUGAGCUUGGUUUGAUGCAAAAUAUAAUGGAGGAGAUUCCAGACACGUUGGACGAUUUCCACGUGAUCGUGGGCCGCAUUCUUGUUCGAAUCGCCCAGCUUCCGUUCACCGAUAUCGUUAACAUAAAAAAGCGCGCACUGUGGGGGCUUUAUUGCCUUGUUGUGAUGAAUUUGAAGUCCUACAAGACGGGAGAACAGGUUGUGGACCCGAUUCAUCUUUCGGGGUGGGUUGUUUAUCUUGUGGAGGUAUGCCAAAAUGUUGAUUUCUCUAUUUCUACAACCGCGCUCACUAUUCUGCAAGACAUGUCGGAUUAUCACGAGGAGAUUAACGGUUUUGAUCCAUCUCUGGUGGCACGAAUUGUUAUGACGCUGGCAGUUUUUGCGCAGCAACAGGUCGAAGAGGCGUCAAUUGAAGUUCAAUCAGCAAUGGAGCGCAUAGGUGCAGCUGAUUUGUCGAGUGGAAACGACAGCUCGGCAACUAUGUCGGCAUCAUUUACUGGAUCGAGUCUUUUGGGUGGGACGAAUCUCUCAGCUAGUGCUGUGCGCCGGGGAAGCGACAAUCCUAGGGCUAGCCGAGUGGACAGCUCAAGUUCUGGUAAUUCUGGGGAAGCUACGGACGCGUUCAGCAAGCUGAAAAGUAAGCUGAAGUCUGGUGUUCAAAAUGCUCCUUCAUCUACGCCUUCCCCUACAACGAUUAGCCCUGCCACUGCUCGAUCAGCUUCGUUGGCUGCCCAACGAGAGCAGGACAUCCCGGCUCUUCGUCUGAUUGUACAGAAAACCAGUGCAAUAUUUGAGUGUCUUCGUUUCUGGAUCAUGCAUCGAACCGAGGUGCUUCAAGAUACGGACGUGAAAAAGCUGAUUUUUGGUGCGAUCGAAGCAGCUUUAGUAGGCACAUUGCCAGAUGGUGAAUGGCAGCGCGAGGUUGAGCGCGCGCGUACACUUGAGAGGCGUAUGUCGAUGCCUUUGUUGUUUUUAGGUUUGCAGAUGCGCGCGUCGCUUGACAACGAGCCGGGUCAUGCAUGGUUGAAGUGCUUUGAAGAGACUGCAGUAGCUGCAGAGGGGCUACUGAUGCACUUGCUUCACCAUAUCAAUGGGUUUCCGUCUCCAGCAGGCGUUGAUCAGAUGAUGUCUGAUUGCUCUGAGCUUUCUGAGCUGGAUGCUUUGCGUGAAAUUGGCGAUGAUGAACCGCGACCUGGCGCCAUGAGCUUUGUGUUCAUGGACUCAAUCGUGUUUAGUGUUGUUGGUAGUCUUGAUUCGCCAUGCGCGCGAUUUGUUGUACGAGACAUGACCGGUCUAUUCACGUGGGAGAUUACACCAGCCGUUAUGGCUCGCGGUGCCCAUUCGUCGACGGGAUGGAUUGGAGGAGAUGUAGCUGCAGCUAGCACUGCGAACAGCAAAGGCGCACCUGUAGAAAGAGAGCUGACGCUAGAGACGGAUGUAUUAGGCACGAAAUCAAUGACGCUGCACAGACCUACUGGUGCUGUGCAGGUGGAAUUCAAGCGCACCGAUGCCGUCGGCGGGACAUGCAAAACAUGUGGUGGAGAAAAAGUUGUGACGAAGCCUGCUGUAUCUGACGCGAAGAAUGUGCCUAAUGCUAUCAAACUCGAGGCCCGCCAAGUCUCUUGGGAGCAUGAACGAGAUGUUCUUUCCAACAAUGUAUGUCCAGUCGAAAGCAGUUAUGUAUUUCAUGACGAUGGACACACACCCGCAGGUUUCAAAGAAAAUGGCGAUGCAAAGAAAAAAGACAAGUCACGGUCAUCUGAAAUCGAUAAAAUGCCGGUAGGGGGAAACAAGGACGAUCGACAGGAGCGACUUGAGCGCAUCGCAAAGCAGCACGAAGACCGGAAUAAGUUGGGUAGUGCUGUACAGCCUGUACCUGAACCCCAAAAGAUAAUGUGUCAUUGCCCGCCACAAACUGAGUCGAAGUUUAAGCGCCGCACCACAACUACUAUCUGUGGCCUCUUUGACAUGUCUAUCAAUGAGCCAAACAUUGGCAGUUUGGACGAUGAACGGUGUCUAUUGGAUCUUGUUCUGGACAGCAUUCCAAUGAUAUUUCGCGAUUGUGGCGGUGACACGACGGACAAGACUCUACUAGGCGGAAGGUAUUCGAUGAUGCGGUACAACUUGAUGGACUUGUCACCUUCUUCAAGCCCUCUUCUGAUGGACUCAGCGGAAGCCCCUGGAUUCUCGUUCUUACAACGGCUAAUUCAUGAUGAAGAGUGCUACUCACAGUUGAAGCAUUUCUUGACAAAAGACGAUAACGCUGAAGGAAAAGAGCUUGUGGACUUUUGCGAUGCAGUUAAGAAAUACGAGCGCUCAUCGGUUCCAACGGAUCGCCUGGGUCAGGCUUGUGUCAUCUAUUGGGAAUUUAUGACAGUUGAUGGAGGCAAAAAAAUUGUUUUUCCUACCGCUGUAGCAACAGACAUUCAAGCCCAGAUUCACCAGGCCCAAACAGCCCUCAGAGCAGCGUCAACAACACCUGCGGAAGACUCGUCCGAGCCCACAUUCUUCCUCCCUGGUUCGCUCUUUGAGCGCGCGAUGAUAUUUGUUGAGAAUGAAGGCUUUAACAAGUCGGGGUUGCUAGAUAAGUAUGUGGCAGCACUGGACCAACCGCCUCCAGCUUCAAUGACAGCAGGUAGCGGUAAAAGCUCCAGCACACCAUCCAUCCCACCCCAACUUGCUCUUUUUGACGCGUUCUCGAUAACGGAAGUAAACGCCCGAGUAUCCCAUUUGGCCUUACAGAAGCGCAACGCAGACGAGCAAUUGGGACGAAUGACGAGGCCGGGCAAGACAGCAGCCGAGCGCUUGCUUACAACCUCAAAUGGCAGCCUGAAAGACAGUCGUGUGAGCGCGUUAGAUAUUUGCCGGCUAUUCCUGUCGCAAGCAGGACUGUUGCCAUCCCCUGAUGGCGAAUCGAAAAAGAAAUCGACGCUUAGGUUGCUUGAACAUGGACCAAAGCUUGAGCGGUCGUUAAAGCACUUGGACAAGAGCCCAACACGUGAGACAAUGAAGCUAGGCGUCAUUUAUGUGGGUAAACGCCAACAAACUCAACAGGAAAUUCUUCAUAACGAGAAGGGUAGUCGCGCCUACGAGCUGUUCUUGUCGCAACUGGGCUGGAAGGUGGAUAUGCAAACUCACCGUGGUUUUGUGGGUGGUCUCGAUACAAACCCGAAAAGCUUGUCGAACGGAAAAACAACGCUGUAUUAUGCAAGCUCUCACAGUGAAGUGGUUUAUCACGUAGUUACAAUGAUGCCUACAAAGCCGUCAGACCCACAGCAAAUUGACAAGAAACGACAUGUGGGUAAUGAUUAUGUGCAUAUUGUCUGGAACGACAACGCAAGCCAGAGCUAUGAUCCAUCAACCAUCACAAGCCACUUCAACGACGUGCAGAUUGUGAUCUAUCCCCUCCGAAAGGCGCAACGUGGCUUAUUCUUGAUCAAGAUACACAUCAAGGAUAAGGUGCCUCCUUUUGGACCACUGCAAUCUGGCAUGGUGAUUCAUCAGGCCGAUCUCGCGCGGCUUGUGCGCCAGACGGCCAUGAACGCAAACCGAGUGUGUCGCUCUCAGACAACAUUGUAUGUACGACCAUACCCAACGCGAAAAAAGCUGGUGGAUGAAAUUGUCGAACGUGACACUGUUUUGAACAUGGUAGACGAAACGGUGGAUCCUCGAAAUACAGUCAUGUCAAGUGAUUUGACGACAAGGACAGCUAAUAAUAGGAGCGAUACGAUGACGGUCACGCAUUCAAAUGAUAAAAGGACGGAAGGCUCUACGAUAAAAACGAUUUGGAACGAGAAAGGAGAAGAAAGUGAUAGGAAUUAUAAUGAGAACGUCGAGUUAAGGACAAUGAAAGAGUCUAGAAAUCAGGACGAGAUACCUACAACAAAGUCGAGUGGGGUGGCACCGGAAGCUUUGGUGACGAAGAGCUCGACGAAGAAAACAGUAGCAACCAAUGACGGAACAGAAGCAGAAGCAAGAGUUAAUGGUGAAGUAUCAAACGUGGCACCGACGAUAGCACCACUAUUCGUACGAUCAAGUCCGACAAUAUCGAUCUCAGCACCGACUCCGUCACCACUGAUAUCAUUACCGACUCAGCCACCACCGACCUCAGCACCGACUGAGACCCCAGUGGAGUUUUCAAAAUCGAGUGACAUCAAAAUGACGGGCUUAGCUACGACACAAGCAGUAGAUGAUGCAUAUUCACAACAGCCUGGUAAGCCAAUGCCUACAGCACAGACUAGUUCUGGUUUACCAGAUAAUGACUUUAUCAAUCCUGAGACUGACAUGUCGGGAUCGAUCUCUGCAGGUGCAGUGGUUAUUCCCUCAGAGAAGGGUAACGCUUUGCCACUUACCAUAACGGCCACUCAAGCAGUACAAACAGGCAGUGCCGAUUUACCGUUAGUUGCCUCCUCUAUUGUUAAGACCGACGAGCCAACCAUAUCACCAGCUUCCUUCGACUCAAAAAGCAGCAAUGACACAGAGACGUUAUCUUCAGCAAGCGGGAGUGGAAGUACUAUUAAGGCUACUAUUCCAGGACAGGUUCACGUAAGCCCAAGUGUUGACGUAAGUUUGAAGGAGCCUUCAAAAGUUGCCGAUACGAAAAGCUCGAGUUUAUUUCAUUCUGAAGGCGUGACGAUGGAAAAGGAAGCAAGCAACAACAAAUAUUUUAGCACAGACUGUUCCAAAGACGGCUCAAGGGAAAACUCUAGUAGUGAUAUAACGCAGAGGAACGAUGGCGUCAACAGCAAUCUUGGAGGUCUUCUUGUUCGUCCUGGUGGUGUGUCAGAUGUGAAUACAAGCUCCGCCAGUUAUUACAGCUUAGGCACAGGAUCGAUCUUUGCUAUUAUUGGUGUCGUUGCGGGUAUAUUGGGACUCCUGAUGGUGUUUGUCGCGUCAAGCCGGAAAAAGUCUCGUGCUGAAGAUGAUGAGAGUCGUCUUUCGUUAGGUAACAAUAUGGAAAUGAACUCGGUUGCUCGGCUCUCUCCGACCUUCAUGGAGGACAAUAUGACUUCGGAGAAUGGCUGCAACGGCACCGCUUUUAUGGCUGCAGUGCCCUCGUAUCAGCACGACGGUACGUUUUCAGCAAGGACCGAUACGAUGGACCGCGGUCAUACGAUGGCAGCCAAUCAUUCUCGUGUCAUUAGCGCUCGAAGCUGUGUGCCAUCCACGCGUAGCUUCAACGGGGACAUAGACACUUUAAACGUGCGAAUGUCUGCGCUCUACUCAUCAGGAUCAUCCAUGACAAGUAGCAGUGAAGUUAGCGGUUCAUGGAGCUCCGUGCUUGUUUCGGAUACAGAGCGCUAUACUUCGCGUAAUACGCGCGACACGUCGCUCAGUGCGUGGUCUGCUACCAACUCAUCACCCUUUGGGAGCACUGCUGCGAGUGGCACGUCUGGAAAGUUUGGUAGGACUCGACCGUCUACCACUGAUUGA